AGAAACGCGAAGCAGGCCAGUCGCUCGUGUGCGGGGCUCCGCGUCGGAUGUCGAGCAUAGAUACUUCCAUGUGUCCUUUUAUCGUUUCUUCGCGUUCAUUGUCAAGCAUACGCGAUCGUGUAAUCAUAGUAGAGAGGAGGAGAUGGUGCUCCGUAAGAAUGUUUACCGAAGGAACGCUUGUCUCGUGUGAUUUUAUUAAAACGUUUGGGAAGUAACGUGUACGCAAGCGCGCGUUGGUUUGCGACGAAAAAGAAUCGGGCAGGCAUAGAGAGAAAGAGAGAGAGAGAGAGAGAGAGAAAGAGAGAUAGAGAGAAGAAUAGAGAGAGAGAGAAGAGAAAGAGCAAAAGCGAGGAAUUGGCAUCGGCGACACGGGCGCGUCUUUAACGUGCCUGAGGACCGACCUGACCGAUCGACCGUCAUCGUUUCUUUCCCCGUAGUUUAUAUAUCUCUCUCUCUCUCAUUUAAUACAGAACAACGGCAGACGACAUAAGAAAGAUAUUCUUAUUAAAGAAGGAAGGAAGUAAAGAGUCAUGGUAUCGAGAUACCACGACGCUACUUCCGACUUCGCUUCUCAGGAUCGUUUCGGUGCAUAUUGUUGUCGUACCCAGGACAUGGCCUGUGAUCGUGCUGACUCGGACUUCGAGUUCUCUAUACCGCCCGAGGCCCCUGUAUUUGAGCCCAGCACUGAGGAGUUCCUCGACCCUCUUGGAUAUAUCGCAAAAAUAAGACCGAUCGCUGAGAAAUCUGGCAUCUGCAAGAUCAAACCUCCGCCCAAUUGGCAGCCACCAUUCGCAGUUGACGUUGACAAAUUCAAAUUUGUACCACGGAUACAAAGACUAAAUGAAUUAGAAGCUAAAACUAGGAUAAAACUCAAUUUCUUAGAUCAAAUUGCUAAGUUCUGGGAAUUACAAGGAUCAUCAUUAAAAAUACCUCUUGUGGAGCGUAAAGCUUUGGAUUUGUAUUCCUUACACAAGAUUGUCACUGACGAAGGAGGUGUAGAAACAGUAACAAAGGAAAGAAGAUGGGCAAAAAUUGCCAACAAAUUAGGUUAUCCCUCUGGAAGAAGCGUUGGAAGUAUUUUAAAAAAUCACUACGAAAGAAUUUUAUACCCAUUUGACGUAUUUAAACAAGGAAAAGCCUUGACUGAUAUUAAAAUAGAACCAGAUUCUGAUGAAAAAAUUGAGAAAAGAGAUCGUGAUUACAAACCACAUGGAAUAAUUUCAAGGCAACAAAUCAAACCUCCUGCAGAGAAGUUUUCACGUCGUUCAAAGAGAUUUUCUGGCCAAGAAGAAAAGCAAGAAGUCGGUAUUAAGCAAGAAGAUUGCAAAGAAGAAUGUGAUUCCGAUCAUGACUGCAGAGAAGGUAUUGUUAGAAGCAGAUAUGUAGAUAAUGAUAAAAGUAAGGAACUUAAGAAAUUACAAUUUUAUGGAGCCGGUCCAAAAAUGGCUGGUUUUAAUACCAAAGAACCAAAGAAGUCUAACAAAACUAGAGGUGUUAAGCUAACGUACGAGUUUGACCCACUUGCAAAGUACAUUUGUCAUAAUUGUGGGAGAGGUGACAAUGAAGAAAAUAUGCUUCUGUGUGAUGGCUGUGACGAUAGCUACCACACAUUUUGUCUAAUGCCACCUUUAACAGAAAUACCUAAGGGAGAUUGGAGGUGUCCAAAAUGUGUUGCAGAAGAAGUUUCAAAACCGAUGGAGGCUUUUGGUUUUGAACAAGCACAAAGAGAGUACACCCUUCAACAAUUUGGUGAAAUGGCAGAUCAAUUCAAAAGCGACUAUUUCAACAUGCCAGUACAUAUGGUUCCCACUUCGUUAGUAGAAAAAGAAUUCUGGAGAAUAGUUUCAUCUAUUGACGAAGAUGUGACAGUAGAAUAUGGUGCAGAUUUACAUACCAUGGAUCAUGGAUCUGGAUUUCCAACGAAAACAAGUGUUAAUUUAUUUACGUGUGAUCAAGAAUAUGCCGAAUCCUCAUGGAAUUUAAACAAUUUACCGGUUUUACGUGGUAGUGUAUUAGGUCAUAUUAAUGCGGAUAUUAGUGGCAUGAAGGUCCCAUGGAUGUAUGUCGGCAUGUGUUUUGCAACAUUUUGUUGGCACAACGAAGAUCAUUGGAGUUAUUCUAUUAAUUACUUACAUUGGGGAGAACCAAAAACGUGGUAUGGCGUACCUGGUUCUCAGGCAGAAAAAUUUGAACAGUCUAUGAAGUCUGCUGCACCUGAAUUAUUUCACAGUCAACCUGAUCUGUUACAUCAAUUAGUAACAAUUAUGAAUCCAAAUAUCUUAACAAAUGAAGGAGUACCGGUGUUUAGAACCGAUCAACAUGCUGGUGAAUUUGUUGUAACAUUUCCAAGAGCAUAUCAUGCAGGUUUCAAUCAAGGUUAUAACUUUGCAGAGGCUGUAAAUUUUGCACCUGCAGACUGGCUCAAAAUGGGAAGAGAGUGCAUCACACAUUAUUCAAAUUUAAGGCGGUUUUGUGUAUUUUCUCACGACGAAUUAGUAUGCAAAAUGUCUUUAGAUCCAGAUUCAUUAGAUAUUGGAAUUGCUACAGCUACUUAUCAUGACAUGUUACAAAUGGUAGACGAUGAAAAAAAAUUGCGAAAAAAUUUACUGGAGUGGGGUGUAACAGAGGCUGAACGCGAAGCCUUUGAGUUAUUACCAGAUGAUGAACGACAGUGUGAAGCCUGUAAAACAACUUGUUUUUUAAGUGCAGUUACAUGUUCGUGUCACAAUUCCCAAUUGGUUUGUUUAAGACAUUUUACGGACCUUUGUGAUUGUCCACCAGAAAAACAUACGUUACGGUAUCGUUAUACGUUAGACGAAUUGCCCAUUAUGUUACAAAAGUUAAAGUUGAAAGCUGAGUCUUUUGACUCAUGGGUAACUAAAGUUAAAGAAGCCAUGGAUCCAAAGAAUGAUAAAGUUGAACUUAGUGAGUUGAAAGAACUUUUGAAUGAAGCAGAAAAUAAAAAGUUUCCGGAUAGUGAAUUGUUAACAGCUUUAACAACGGCUGUACAAGAUGCUGAGAAAUGUGCAAGUGUUGCACAACAGCUGUUAAACAAUAAACAACGUACAAGGACCAGGCAAUCUGUAGAGACAAAAUAUAAAUUAACAGUGGAAGAACUGACAUUAUUUUAUAAAGAAAUAACAAAUUUAUGUUGCGAGUUAAAAGAGUCCGAUGGCGUAAAGUUUAUAUUGGAUCAGGUAUUACAAUUUCAAAGUGACGCAGAGGACUUGGAGUCUAAAGAAGAUGAUUGUGAUAUUGAUAAACUAGAAAAGUGUAUAGAGUUUGGAGAUUCUAUAUGUAUCGAACUACCACAACUUGUACGCUUAAAACAGAAAUUAGCACAAAUGCAAUGGCUUGAAGAAAUAAAAUCCCUUCAAGAAGAUCCAAAGUCCAUAAGUCGUGAGGAUUUGGUAAGAUUAAUAGAAAAGGGAACGACGAUACCUCCGCACUUUAAAAUAGAAAGUACUCUAGCAGAAUUACGAACGUUGAUGACUGCGAUCGAUAAGUGGGAAGAAAAAGCAAAGAUAUAUUUGAAUGCGAGGAAUAGGCCGACAAUUUCAGCAGUCGAAGAAUUUGUUCGCGAGGCCGACGAAGUGGAAGCUUAUCUUCCAAGUUUAAAUACUUUGCAAGAUAUAUUAAGUCGAGCGAAAAAUUGGUCGAACAUGGUGGAAGAGAUUCAAGGGAGAGAAAAUUUUCCAUAUUACGAUACAUUAGAUGACAUUGUUAGAAAAGGUAGGAGUAUUUCAUUACAAUUGGAUACUCUUUCGAUGUUAGAAUCUACACUUUCUCAAGCUAAAACUUGGAAAGAAAGAACAGUAAGGACAUUCCUAAGAAAAAAUUCACACUAUACACUGAUGGAGGCCUUAUCACCGCGUAUUGGAGUUGGUGUUCAAGCAAUGAAGACAAAGAAAAAUAAAGGCGAUGAAUCUGUCGGUGCUGUGUUCGUUUGUGAUACAAAACUCGAUGAUUCGAAUGACUCUGCGACUGUUGUAGCCGCGUUCAAAUUGGCAGAACAACGCGAGAUGGAUGCUAUGAGAAGUUUAAGGGAAAGAAAUUUAUUAAAAACUGAGAUGGAUGAUUCUAGAUAUUGUGUGUGUCGUAGACCAAGAUUUGGACUUAUGCUUCAGUGUGAGCUUUGCAAGGAUUGGUUCCAUUCGAAUUGUGUGCCGUUACCUAAGACAACGUAUAAAGGCAAAGUACCGAUGUCAAGAGAGGUGAAAUUUUUGUGUCCAUGUUGUUUACGUUCAAGGAGGCCUCGUUUGGAAACGAUUUUAGCACUUUUAGUUAGCCUUCAAAAGAUCUCAAUACGUUUACCUGAAGGCGAAGCGUUGCAAUGUCUCACAGAAAGGGCAAUGAACUGGCAGGACCGUGCAAGGCAAGCUUUAGCCACGGAAGAAAUUUCCUCGGCAUUGGCUACGUUAUCGGCACUUUCUCAAAAAUUAGUCGAAGCUGCCGCCAGAGAAAAAACGGAAAAGAUUAUUAGUAGCGAAUUAAAGAAAGCAGCUAAUAAUCCCGAAUUACAUCAAAGAGUACAAGCUAUCGCACCUCUGAGUGGUGUUCAUUCUGACGACAGUGUGCUUAGCACAGCAGAUGACGACGAUGAUGUCGUUACGAUCGACGACGAUGAACCAACAUGUAGUACUUUCAAUAGUAAUGAACAUGCCUAUUCUUACAUUUCAAAACUCCAACGUAAAUCUCAAUCAAGUGAUUCCUCAGAAACAGCAGUAAUCCUGUCGCACAGUGCAAGACAACAUCUAGAAGAAUUAAUGAUGGAAGGAGACUUACUAGAAGUUGCAUUAGACGAGACACAACAUAUUUGGCGUAUUUUAAGUCAUACGAAUAGUCCGAGUACUAUUAGAAAAUAUGCGGCACUUGAAGAAAUUCAAACUAAUUGUAAUCAAGAAACUAAGGACGCUAAGAAACGUGGUAGAAAGAGAAAAUCUGAAGAAUUUGAAUUAUUGAAGAAGCUUGGAAAGCAAAAAAUCGACGACAAAAGUUUG